AUGGCCGCUGGUGAUUCGAAGGAAAUGGUCGUUCUUGUCACUGGGGGUACGGGAUUAGUUGGCAAAGCCAUCGAACAGGUGGUGAACUCUGAGCAACGUCCCAAUGAGAAAUGGGUGUUUAUCGGAAGCAAAGACUGCGAUCUUACAAAUCUGCAGGCUACAAGGUUUGCACAAAUGGGCUAUUGUUCGGACAGCGAAGACCCUACCCAUGUGAUCCAUUUGGCUGCCAUGGUUGGUGGCCUGUUUCAUAAUCUCGCCCAUAAUCUGGAGUUUUUCCGGAGGAAUAUGGCUAUCAAUGAUAACGUCCUCGCGAUGUGUCACGAAUUCGAUGUGGUCAAGUGUGUUUCAUGUUUAUCGACGUGCAUUUUUCCCGACGCUACGACGUAUCCAAUUGAUGAAACAAUGGUCAGUGCUCAGUGGUCGUAA